CCUUUACAGGAGUAUAAAGCGUUACAGGUGGUUAAAGGAAGAAACAGGUAAAUCUUCCUCAGACAUACAGGUCACACAGAGAACAGCCAGAGGAGAGCACUAAUUAACAGUGGGAAUUCCACAAUACAUGCUCAUACUGCGCAUUGUCCUGGAGCAUAAUUCCUUUGCAUCAUAUUGUGGCUCUUGCUGUUAUCAGAUAUUUUCUUCUGUGGUUCGCAGUGUCUCCAUGUCAUCUCCCUGCCUCAGCAGCAUCCUGACUCAUGCUAACCUCACCAUGUAUCAGACUGGCAUCCCUGAUGUCCUGUCACAGCAGCCUGGUGUGCUGCCCAGCAUCAACACCCUGCAGAAUUACAGCUCCAACAUAAGCGGUCAGUGGUACAGGCACAUUAGCCCUCACUGCUGGACAGCAGACAAUGUUCUGGAGUGGAUCAGUGACCAUGUAGAGAGCACCAAGUUUGAUGCGAGCAUCCUGAGUCUGGCCUACUGCACCAUGGAUGGCCCUGCUCUCUGCCAGAUGACCCGGGACCAGAUGAUCGAGGUCUUCGGCCCGCAACUUGCCCCGCACCUCCACCAGAGUCUGCAGGAACAUAAGACCAAAUAUGAGCUGCAGAGCCUGUCAGGACCAGAGCUGAAUGAGACCUGCCAGCUCCUGGACAACUUCCUGCACAACCUGAACUUCCCUCUGCUCAGCAGCAUUAGAAUUGGCCAAGCUGAGGAGGCCAUCAGCAAGAGGGAGUUUGACUACAGGGAUGAUUAUGAUCUUACUAGUCUUACCAUUGAGCCCAUGACACCUCUUGGAGACACCGAGUGCCUGUCUGAUAACCAGUCUGACAGCGAGUACAGCUCCUCCUCCAACAGUGGCAUGUUUGACUUCUCAAGCCUCAGCUCCCCUGAGUCUGGCAGUGGUGAAUCAGACCCGGAGUUCUCCUACCCCCUGAUUUCAAAGGUGCACAUCAAAACAGAGAAAGGAGAGUCUCGACUCAAGCGACCCAGGGGGCGACCUCCCAAAGCCAACAGAGAGCACAACAGCAGCAUUUAUGAAAAUCCAAAGAAAAACAAGCAUGCGCCUCGUGGCACUCACCUGUGGGAAUUCAUCAGGGACAUUCUGAUCCACCCAGAGAGGAACCAGGGUCUGAUGAAGUGGGAGGACCGUCGCGAGGGUGUCUUUAAGUUUCUCAAGUCUGAGGCGGUGGCUCAGAUGUGGGGCCAGAAAAAGAAGAACAGCAGCAUGACGUAUGAAAAACUCAGCCGUGCCAUGAGGUAUUAUUAUAAGAGAGAGAUCCUGGAACGAGUAGAUGGCCGGAGGCUCGUAUACAAAUUUGGAAAGAACUCCAGUGGCUGGAAGAUUGAAGAGAUUGGCAUGGGCAUGUGAGACAUCAGUCACCGAGCAUGUAGAAGCCAAAAAGCCAAUCAAGGCAGUAGUUCAGAACUAGAAAUACUUGUGUGGCCUGUCUGAAAAAAAUCCUUGCUUUCCCAGAUGUUUAAGACACUAACUUCCUCUUAGAAGGAAGGUGUUGCAGAAAAUGUAAGCCAGUGUUUUUGGCUCUAGUAGGUUUUAUGAACCAAUUUUAAUAUUGUACCUGUUUUAUGCUUUUGAUUGUCACUUCAGAAACCUAACUAUAUGCACAGUAACCAAAGUGGGCAUCAUUUUGGAUGCUGUAAGCACCUAAAGGCUGAAAAGGCUAACUAUUUACAAAUGUACAGAAUUCACUCUGCUGUUUGUUUUGAGCUGAAGUUAGUGUAGUGAUGCAGGACUGGCUCAUCCUCAUCUGUCACUAUGUGUUUUUUUAGUAUAUGGGCAUUAAUGACUGUACUGUAGUGCUCAAAUGUCUGGAAUGUAUCCUUCUUUUUCUUACUUUUAUAUUACUUUCUUGUUAUGAAAGGGUAUAACUUUCACUAUCAGUUUUCCAAUCACUAAUGGAUCAAAUUUGGAAAAGUCCUCUGCUGGUGAACUCAAUGUGAAGGACAAUGAUAGAAUUAGGGUGAAAUAGUGAUACAACUUCACAUUAAUACAGUAAUGAUGUGCACUACAUGUCUAUCAGUAUCACUUAUUUUAAAGUGUGUUUAUACAAAGUACAAAGGAGUAACUAUAUCACGGCUCAUAUAUGAUCAUCACCUGUAAAAAGUGUUUGCAUAAAUCAGUCAGAUAUCAGCUACAUGUUGUGUGAAUUUUUUUAUUUGUUAAUGUGAUUAAAGACUUUGCUGAUUUUCAACCAA